AUGGAUGCAACAGAGGAAACCCCAUCAAAAACAGAUAUCCAAACAGUUUUCCGAAAGCUUCGCGCUAUACCAUGCAAUAAAGAAUGUUUUGAUUGUGGCGCGCGUAAUCCCACAUGGGCAUCAGUAACUUACGGUAUUUAUAUAUGUAUCGAUUGCUCGGCGGUACACCGCAAUUUAGGCGUUCAUAUCAGUUUUGUACGAUCGACUACUUUGGAUACUAAAUGGACAUGGUUGCAGUUACGUGCUAUGCAAGUUGGUGGAAAUGCUAAAGCGGUAUGUUUUUUUCUUGAAAGAGAAGAGAAGGGCAUGAAACGGAGUCAGGAAAAUAAUUUUUUCAAGCAACACGGUUGUAAUACAAAUGAUGCUCAACAAAAAUAUAACAGCAGAGCCUCAAAUUUAUAUAAGGGAAAAUUAGCCUCAUUAGCAAUGGAAGCAUAUCAGCAGUACGGCACUUCUUUGAUGAUGGAAAAUGUUGAUUUCAUAACAGAUGAAGGAUCUGAUGAAAAAAAUGCGAAGGAGGAAGUUGAUUUUUUUUCGCAAGAUUUCGUUGCUCAUCAAAGCAAUUCUUCAUGCUCAAUAAGUCAGGAUGCGUUCAUUAACAAUGGCAGUGAAGCAAUAUUAGAACCGAGCAUUGAAGUAUUAUCAUUAAGUGAUGCAGCUCGUGAUCAAAAUAUUCCAUUGAAGUCAGGCAUUACGAGUAAAAAAGUGCCGGUGAAAAGAUCGGGGCUUGGUGCUAAGAAAGGAAUGGGUGCACAUCGCAUAACUGCGAAUUUUGGUGAAAUUGAACAGAAAGCAUCUAAUUAUGACAAGGAGAAGGAAACACUGGAAGGUUCUGCCAUAAAAAGUACCGGAAAUGUUGAUACUGAGUCUGAUGGUUCUAAAACAACAGUUUCGAGUCGAUUUUUGAUUCAAGAAUUGGAAAAAAAGGCCAAACAAAAAGCCAGCAAUGUGGAUGAUAGUAAAGCAGAUGUGGUUGAACGUCUCGGUAUGGGAAGUGGUUGCGCUAUCUUUGGAAAGGGAACAAUAAGUCAUUCCGUAGCAAGUGGUAUCAAAACUAUUCCUCAAGAAGGCAUUUCAAGAAGUAGUAACCAAACUGCAAUUCCAAGUCGACGAGAAGGCGAAUGGGAAAUUGUUGAUGACGAUUUAAGAGGGAAUGAAGGAAGAUCAAACAUCAUUGAUGAUCGCUGCAUCAUAAAAAAAACUGCAGGCGAUGAUUUCUUCGAUAAUUGGGGAACUCCUGCUUCAACAACUUCAAUUAAAAAACCGUCGAGGCCAUCGAUAACCACUGCCAUUACUGAGCCAUCCAAUGAUAGUACGUUGAAGAAAUUUGCUAAUGCAAGAGCAAUAUCAUCCGAUCAGUAUUUUGGUGGCCCGCAAUAUGAGGCACAAUCAAGGUUAAAUCGUUUCGAAGGUUCAAGUGGAAUAGGCAGCGCUGAUUUGUUUGGUGAUGGUGAAAACAGUUCAUAUGGUAGUGGUUAUGCGAGUCAAAUGCCAGAAAUGGCGACAAUCAGAGAUAGUGUGAGAGUAGGCGCAAGCAAAGUAGCUGGGAAAUUAUCGUCUCUGAGUAAUUCUGUUGCAUAUUAUCUUGCG